AUGGCAGCGACGCGACCGUGCCUGGUAGCGCUCGUCAUGGCUCUCGCAUUUCUCUCCUUAUUGGAGGGGGCGGCGGCAGCGGUGGCGGGGAGCACCAGGAGGUCGGCGCAGCGGCGGCGUCAGGUGCGAAGCCUCCUCAGGAGGACCAACAAGGCUCCUCUCGCGAGCAUUCAGAGCCCAGAUGGAGAUGUCAUAGACUGUGUGCACAUCUCCAAACAGCCUGCAUUCGAUCAUCCUUUCCUCAAGAACCAUACUAUCCUGAUGCGGCCUUCUUACCACCCAGGAGACCUGCAUGGUGACUCCAACACUGCACGCCGUCCCAUUACCCAAACAUGGCAUCAGAACGGCAACAAGUGCCCUGAGAAUACCAUACCAAUCCGAAGGACCAAGGAAGAGGAUAUCCUAAGGGCCAGCGCUGUCGGGAGGUAUGGCAAGAAGAUGCCCAGGAGCAUCCAAAACCUCGUUUCGGUCAACGACCUUGCGCCCAAUGCGACGAUUGGCCACCAGCAUGCUGUAGCAUCUGCACAGGAGGAUAAGUACUAUGGAACCAAUGCUACCAUCAAUCUGUGGCAACCAAUGGCCGAGAGGGCUAAUGACUUCAGCUUGGCCCAGCUCUGGAUCACUGGGGGGGCCUAUAACAGCAAUGACCUCAAUACCAUUGAAGCUGGAUGGCAGGUUUCACAAAAGAUGUAUGGGGAUAACAAUACUAGACUUUUCAUCUACUGGACUAGUGAUGGGUAUAACAAAAAAGGAUGUUACAACCUAAAGUGCCCAGGGUUCAUCCAGAUAAACAAUCAGAUCGCUAUCGGUGGUAGCAUCUCUCCGGUCUCCAUCUAUGGUGGCUCACAAUAUGACAUCAAUAUUUUUAUUCGGAAGGACCCAAAGAAUGGCAAUUGGUGGUUGCAAGUGGACAGCUAUGUUUUGGGGUAUUGGCCAUCGUCCAUCUUCUCUUACUUGGCAGACAGUGCCUCCAAUAUCACAUGGGGUGGCGAGGUGUACACACAUGAUGCUGGCCAAACUUCGACGCAGAUGGGUAGUGGACACUUCCCUGAAGAAGGGCUUGGCAGGGCCGCUUACAUCAAGAACAUCCAAGUGAUAGAUUCAUCCAACAAUAUCAAAUCGCCAAAUGGUGUGCACCUGAUAGCUAAGCAACCCAACUGCUAUAACGUGCAGAGCAGUAACAACAGCGACUGGGGUACUUACAUUUACUACGGGGGAGCCGGCGGCAAGAACCCCAACUGCCCAUAG